UCUUGUUUACCAAACUGACCAAUGGGUCCUGCCGACUGCCCUUUGUACCAAUACACACCUCCCUUCUUCUCCCCCGUUGCCCUUCCCGUCGUCCCUUUUCCCUUCGCAAUCCCCAAGUAGUAGACGAUAUCCGUACACCUACACGCAUAGUUUAUACCAUCCGGACGAUAGCAACCCCCUUUGCACCGUAGGCAUUCCUCGUCCUUGCACCUCUUUCCGCCUCUCGUUCAUACGUCGGUACCAAUCCCCUGUGCAACCAUCCAAAGCCCCCCGACCUCUCACGGCUUGCUGUCUUGGAACGCCAGCAGCCACCACAUUCCAGCUUGACUACUAUUCUUCUCGUCGUCCUCUGACAUCUAUUUACUCUGCCGGCCACCCUAGCUCCAGCCAGCCGAACACAACAGUAGUUCGUCGACAAGCCUCGAUUGAGGCUUCGUUGCUCGUCGCCUAUUUCUCGCCUGUCCCCUUCUGAAAGCGCCCGAGCCACGGCACUCGGCCUACCUGUAGCAACGAUGGAGUACGAGGCGGAAGACACUCAGAACUCGGCCCCGGGCAGCGUCCAGGCCGCCAAGCUCGGCGGCGCGCGGCGAGGGCCUGACGCACAGAGUGUGACGAAGAGACUGCAGACGGAGCUGAUGCAGCUGAUGACGUCGCCGGCGCCGGGGGUGUCGGCGUUCCCGUCGGCGGACGGCAACCUGAUGUCGUGGGCGGCGACCAUCGCCGGGCCGGACGACACGCCGUACGCCGGGCUCGCCUUCAAGCUGUCGUUCGCCUUCCCGCCCAACUACCCCUACGCGCCCCCCGCCGUCCUCUUCAAGACCCCCAUCUACCACCCCAACGUCGACUUCUCCGGCCGCAUCUGCCUCGACAUCCUCAAGGACAAGUGGACCGCCGCCUACAACGUCCAGACCGUCCUGCUCAGCCUCCAGAGCCUGCUCGGCGAGCCCAACAACGCGUCACCGCUCAACGGCGAGGCCGCCGAGCUGUGGGACAAGGACGCGGAGGAGUUCAAGAAGAAGGUCCUGGGCCGCCACCGCGACGUGGACGACGACUAGGCAGCCGCGCGAUUACGACGAUGACUAGCAUCGCUUUUUCUCGCAUGCGUUUUACACCCUCCCCGCCCCAUUUCGACGGGCCGUAUCCUGGGCAGGUUCGGGACCCCCCUGGGCGGGAGAGGAGUCGCAUGCCCCGAUAGCAUUGGAGAACCGGAGUCGGUAGCCUGAGUGUGGCUGGACUGUGGAUGGGAUGGAGGCCGCGAGGAUGCUGUCUCUGCCUGUCGCGGACGCUAUACGUUGCAUUUACAGGCGGUGUUUUUUUAAGGGGUUAGGGACGGCCUCUGUCGUCUGCACAUAUGGACGAGAACACGAUUGCAU